GGCAUUGAGUUCAGCACCUCUCCUUCAGCAGAGUGGGACAGGCCCGGCAGAAGACACUCGGAGGCUUGGGCUGAAUUUAGAGGUCAGAAAGGGAGCUGGUCUGGGACACGGGUGUUGGUCUACACCCCACAUUCUCUUUCUUCAGGCUGGUCCUGUGAGGAGAAGACAGAAGAAGGGGCCAGCUCCCCCUGUAGUCCCGUUUCUUCGGACCACUCUGCCAUCCUUCCGUCGCCAUGGGGGAAUGGACCAUCCUGGAGAGGCUGCUGGAGGCGGCCGUCCAGCAGCACUCCACCAUGAUCGGGAGGUGGCCAGACAAAGGAGACCGAAGGGAUGUCCGUGUUGCUCUGUUUCUACUGGAUAUGAUCCUGCUGACAGUGGUGGUGAUCUUUCGUAUUCUAAUAGUGGGAAUAGUGGGCGAGAAGGUGUACGAAGACGAGCAGAUCAUGUUCAUCUGUAACACCAUGCAGCCUGGCUGCAACCAGGCGUGUUACGACAAGGCCUUCCCCAUCUCGCACAUCCGCUACUGGGUCUUCCAGAUCAUCCUGGUGUGCACGCCCAGUUUGUGCUUCAUCACGUACUCUGUUCACCAGUCCGCCAAGGCGCGCGACCGAAGCUACUCCCUGCUGCACUCUCACAUGGAUCACCAUGGCCACGGCCACCACGGCCGCCAUCAUGACCACCACGCCCGCAAGCUUCACUCUCGCAACAUCAACGGCAUCCUGGUGCAUCCCGAAAGCAGCAAGGAGGAUCACGACAUGGAGGUCAAGGAGAUCCCCAAUGGACCUCGGGGCGUCACCUCGACGCACAAAAGCUCAAAAGUGAAACGGCAAGAAGGCAUUUCUCGCUUCUAUGUCAUCCAGGUGGUGUUCCGCAACGCGCUGGAGAUCGGCUUCCUGGCCGGCCAGUACUUCCUGUAUGGCUUCAACGUGCCGGGGAUGUUUGAGUGCGACCGCUAUCCGUGCGUGAAGGAGGUGGAGUGCUACGUGUCCCGUCCGACAGAAAAAACUGUCUUCCUGGUCUUCAUGUUCGCCGUGAGCGGCAUCUGCGUGCUGCUCAACCUGGCCGAGCUCAAUCACCUCGGGUGGAGGAAGAUAAAGACGGCCAUGCGAGGCGUGCAGGCCCGAAGGAAGUCCAUCUGCGAAGUGCGCAAGAAGGACGUCUCGCACCUGUCCCAGGCCCCGAACCUUGGCAGGACCCAGUCUAGUGAGUCAGCGUACGUCUGACAGAGGCUUCUCCGCCUGGGAGCUCGAGGACCUUUGAACUUUUGGACACGAGCUUUUCCCCGGCCUGCUCAGUAGGGCACAGAACUGUAGUCUUAUCCAGGAGCACAGACUCUGUGUAGUCACAAGUAUUUCACAAGUCGAGUUUUCAACACUUGAAGAUAAAAGAAUGACCUUCAUAAUGAAGAGACAACUGUUGACGUUACAGCUAAAACUGAUCUUAGUGACUUCUCAGCUCUGCGUAGGCGACACUAGGUGCCUUCAGAGAACCGAGUACAUGAUCCUGAGCAACUAUAAAUAUAUUCAACACGGUAAUGAUAGUUUGAGAUCGACUAUUCUUGGGUUCUUUAUCAUUUGCCUUUGCUGUAGGUGAGGAAACAGAUAGAGCUUAAGGCGUGUGCAUGCAUACGCAUGAGUGUGUGUUAAAAAAAGAACUUGUGUCUGAUUAAGUCAGAAAAUAGAACGGAAAUUUAAAGUAUUUAAAGAAAGAUAACGAUAUUUCUCAUUGUUUGAGAGUUGUCUUUAUAUGAAUUAAGAAGCACCUUUUUCUUAAAGAAAUGCAAAAGUCACGAGCACGAAAACGAGCGAGCAGAAACUGGAACGCGUGUUUUGUUGACGCUGCAGGAAAUUAUUUUAAAAGUCGUCAAUAUUCUCCGCGAGCUUGGAGAGCGACGAUGAUUGAGAUUUUGUUUCCAGCUCUGUACUGGUGCUCUGCCUCGCUCCCCAGUGCCUAUGAGGCGCAGCUGCUUAACUUUCAAAACACCGGAGAGAAAAGUUGACGAAACCUGCGGCGUCUCGACUUUACGUGAAGAACGGGAACGCCUGCAGACCUUUAGGGUUGAGAAGUCACAAACGUUUUAAAGCGUGACAUCGUUUUC